AUGCUGCAGCAAGCAGAUUAUGGAAGUUCGAGUAGUUCAUCGGACUCACAUCCUUCUUCAGCUGCAGCAGAAUGCCCCUUAACGUUUCAAAAUUCGUGUACGACUAAAGUAAAGCCGCUAUUAUUGAGUCAGCAGUGGAAGAUCGAAAAUUUUGUUCCCGUAAUUAAAUUUGCGUUGCCCGGUCAGUGCUUGCGAAGUAAUUUGUUUCGUGACGAGAUGCUACCUGAAGCAUUUUGGCAGCUCUGUUUGUAUCCCGGAGGUAAACGUGCAGAAAAUGCUAAUCAUGUCUCAUUAUUUUUGAAAAUGUCGUCUACCUCACCAACUAGAGAAGUUCGAAUCAAGGUGGAGUAUCGCUUCUAUUUUUUAAAUGAGAAUGGUACUCCUUUGUUCAGCAAUGUCAAUGUUGGUGAAUUCCACGCAAAACCACCCAAAGGUGGCCAUUCUUGGGGCCUUCGUAACAUUCCAAGACAAAAAGUGUUAAAUUGCGUUCGCUCCGAUGGGUCCUUAAUGGUGUCUUGCCGUAUAGAGCUUAUCCCAGAUAUUAGUCGCAUCAGGUGUAUUCCAUCUAAUGAAUCAGACUUAACUAUUCCAAGGAAAAUGGUUUGCUCGGAAUACUUCAAACGCCAAGAAAUGGCCCUUAACGAUGGGAUCAUGGCAGAUUGUACUUUGGAGUGUAAUGGUCAGAUGAUUCAAGUGUUCAAAGCAAUGUUUGCCCAUGAGGAAUUUUUAGAAAACAAAGAGGCAAGAGUAAUUUUGAAAGAUACUGAUAUAGAUUCUGUCAGGAUGAUGGUUCAUUUUAUGUAUUGCGGGGAUGUCAAAUUUUCGUCUAAUGUUGAAGGCAUAAUGGUACUUGCCGAAAGGUACCAAAUUAGUGAAUUAAAAGAGAUGUGUGAGCAGUUUCUAUGUAGUCGUGUGAAUAAAUGCAAUGCUCUUGAAAUGUAUGACCUUGCCGACAUGUACAACUGCUGUGGUCUUAAAGAUGCUGUUGUUUGUACGAUCCAGAAAAGCAAGGAUUUUGUUCUGAGCACACCUGCCUGGGAGAGCUUCAAGGAAACGAAUCCUAGAUUAAUGAAUGAGUUAAUGGAACGAGUUGUCAAAAGUUUUUUGACCAUGGGUCGCUUUGACGUGGGUGUUGUGCGGUACCUUUCAAAAGAUCAUUUCCGGACGUUGAUAUCAAUUGAGAUGGGGAUGAAGAACCAUGAGCUGGUCCCUUUACAGCUAAUUUCGUCAAUUGCUGGGAUACAUCGUGGCGGUGUAGCUCGGCUUCUUUCUGAUCUUUUAAAACAUCGUCUUGUCAUAUAUGAAAGAGGAAAGCGGGCUGACGGUUAUAAACUGACAAAUACUGGCUAUGACUUUUUGGCCUUGAAGGCUUUGUGUUUGCAUGGUGUCGUAGGUGCAGUUGGUAAUCAAAUUGGUGUUGGUAAAGAGUCUGAUGUUUUCAUUGGUGGCGAUCUUGAACUAAACGACUUAGUUUUGAAGUUUCACCGUUUAGGACGAAUAUCCUUCAGAAAAUUGAAAGAAAAGCGAGAUUAUCAUCGGUGGCGUAAAAAUUGUUCAUGGCUGUAUUUGUCUAGAUUGGCUGCUAGUAAAGAAUUUGCUUUUCUAAAAGCUUUGUAUGAACACAAGUUUCCGGUCCCGCGACCUAUUGACAUUUCUCGUCACACAGUUGUUAUGGGCUUUAUAGAUGGAGUGACGUUGUGUCAUGUUGAGGACCUUUACGACGAGCUGAUGUCACUUAUAGUUAGGCUUGGUAGGUAUGGAUUGGUGCACGGUGAUUUCAACGAGUUCAAUGUUGUGCUAUCGAAAGAUGGUAGUCCUGUUUUAAUUGAUUUCCCGCAAAUGGUCAGUAUGGAUCAUCCAAAUGCCGAAUUUUACUUCAAUAGAGAUGUGGAAUGUGUCCGAUUUGGUUUUGACAGCGAACUGUUUCCGAAAUUUGGGGAUGUUGAAAGGAAGUAUAAUCUCGAUGCCGCAGUUGAAGCAAGCGGUUUCUCAAAAGAAAUGGAGAAAGAUUUUGAUGAGGCUAAAGCUGCUGAGUCGUCUUUGUCUGACGAAGCUUCUGAAGCUGAAGACGAUCGUUCAAACGGUUACAAAAGUGAGCGUGAUGCUCAGGAAGGUGAAGUGCCUAAACAGAAGGAAAAAACCAGACUUGACGUUUGGCUGCAAGAAGCAAGAGAUCAGCUUGAGGAGCUUAAUGUUAGGGAAUCGAGCGAGUGUUUACAAGAAACACUUAAAGAUGACAAAUUGAUUCAGUCUGAAGAGCCGAGUCAAGCAGUCGCUGGGUUAACAGAUUCUCAGCGUAAUAAAAGUGGUCUGAGUAUGGGUAUGAAAGAUGAAGAAGAGGAUGAUGAUUUGGGUAAUCAUAAUGCUAGUAUUCCGCAUUUGCCAAAAUCAACUUACAGUACUGGCUCGACUAUUUCUCGGGAGGUGAUAUGUAAGCGAAUAGCUUUGGAACAGCGAGCUAAAAACAAGGUGAAAUUACGUUUGAAGGGGAAAGCAAGUGCUGUACAACGAGGCAGGAAGACUAACAUGGCCAUAAUAAAAGAAUAUGACGGGUGGGACUUAUGA